GCUACCCCAGGUGCCGGAAACUCUUUCGCGGCUCCCUGCCCGCAGCCCUCCGACGCCACCUGCAACAUCGUCCAUCCAUCCCACCCUGCCAACCUGCCUCACAAUUUCCACGACACCCGAAACGAACGCGCUACCUUCUAUUCCCCGGCCCCUGAUCCGUACUGUUCAGUCAGUCUCCUUUAUUGCCCUCGCCCCUUUUUUCGCCACCAUCACGCGACAAUCCGCCCACGCCCGCGACACAAACACGCAACGCACGCACUUACCGAUUUGCUUGCUUGGCCAUGGCAGACAGGGGAUCUCACCGCGGCGGAGGCGGCCGCGGAGGGGGUAACUUCCGCGGGCGCGGCGGAGGAGGAGGAGGACGCGGCGGUGGAGGGCGCGGCGGCGGCGGCGGCGGUCACCACCAGCGCGACAACCAGCACGGCGGCGAGGGCGGCGGCGAAUCGCGGCCCAAGAAAGAGAACAUCCUCGACCUGUCCAAGUACAGCGACAAGCAGAUCACCGUCAAGUUCAACGGCGGCCGAGAGGUCACCGGUGUCCUCAAGGGCUACGACCCACUCAUGAAUCUGGUCCUCGACGAGGCCAAGGAGACGAUGCGCGACGAUGAGGGCAAGGAGACUACGCGGUCCCUGGGCCUGACCGUCGCCCGCGGCACCCUGAUCGUGUUGAUUAGCCCUGUAGACGGCAGCGAGGAGAUAGCGAACCCUUUCGCACAGGCAGAGGACGAUUGAGGAUACUGUUGACGAGGCUAACGAGGCUGUGACCACACUCAGAGAGGAAUGGGGAGAGGAGGCAUCGGCCCGGGCAUCGAUGAGGAGACAUCCUUGAUGCGAGAUGUCGAAAUCGAGACUAUCUGCGUGCCCCUGGAUUGCCAAUGGGCAAACCUAGACUGGGCGGAGGCAGAUCUUCUGAAUCUGCCCCGUGGUGACGGAUCAUACAGUCUGACAUCUCUGUUCAUAUCGGACAUAAAAAAAAAGACCGUGACUAGAUAUUACAGCACUGGACCGGGCGAAGGAAGGGGAAACUUGCGUGGACAAAUACCCCCCAAAAAUUAAAAAUAGGAAAAAGGCCGUCGAUUUCUCCAUGCUAUCGUCGAGUCCGAAUCGCGAGCUGCUCAUUGCCCAAGUGUCCAUCACCUGUGAUGGUACAUUAUUGGCCUUGCGCCGAGAAUUGGUCCACGUGAAGUGGCGAACUGGUCAGUGUGUUGGCUCAGUGUCAGAGAGAACUCAUGUUUCAUGCGCCAAAUAGCG